AUGAAGUUACCCUCCAUAAAAACAUCAUUCGUCGAGGUCACGAGCAAAUUAGAUAAUCCACCGUGUCGUAUUUUUUUCAAAAAUGAACUAGAGCAACCAUCGGGGAGUUUCAAGUUGCGAGGUAUUGGAUACCUAGUGGCAACAAAAGUCCAAGAGGCGAGGGAACUAGGCAAGCAGAAAAUCGUUGUUUUUUCAUCGUCUGGCGGUAAUGCAGGGUUAGCGGCUGCUUACGCUGCCCGUUUCUACGAAGCCGAAUGCACAGUUGUGCUACCAAAGGCUACGAAGCCCGGAGUUGUUGAUAAAUUGAGUGCAUUAGGGGCAAGAACUGUUCUCCAUGGGGCUCAUUGGGGCGAGGCCGAUGCUCACUUGCGAGAGGUUGUUAUCAAAUCAGUCAGAGAUGAUGAAUAUCCAGUCUAUUGUCAUCCAUUUGACGAUCGUGUGAUUUGGGAAGGCCACGCUGAAAUUAUCAACGAAAUUGUAAAGGAGCAGCAGUUACCAAACUUUGAGAAAGUGAAGGGUAUAGUAUGUUCGGUAGGUGGUGGUGGGCUCUACAAUGGCGUGGUUGAAGCCGUGAGGCCUUAUUCGGUUCCAGUGCUCGCAAUGGAAACAGCGCAAGCACCAACAUUCCAUGAAGCUGUCAAGGCAAACAAGGUGGUUCAUUUGGAAACCGUCAAUACGAUUGCAUCUUCGUUGGGAUCACCAUAUCUCUCGUGUCGAUCAUUUGAAAAUUACAAAUCGCAUCCGACACAUUUGGGACUUAUUGAUGAUUUGGACGCAGUCCAAGGAGCAAUAGAUCUUUUCGACAAGUUUGAUUACAUGGUGGAGCCCGCAUGUGGGGCAAGUGUGGCUACAGUUUUCCGGAAGCGAGAUUUGUUGAAAAAAUUUGGCGACUUGAAACCUGAUGAUAUUGUGAUAAUUAUCGUGUGUGGAGGCGCGGGAAUAAACGAAGAUAUAAUCGAACUGUAUAGAGAAUUGAUUACCAGUAGAUAA